UCUGAGGAGCGCCCAGAAGGGCGAGGGCCUGCGCGUUCCGAGGCCCGGCCCGUGUGCGCGGCCGGGGCCCCGUCCUCCUCGCCCGCGUCAGCGGAGCAGCGCGGGAGCCAUGACACACAAGAGUUUCAUUUCCAUGAUGUCCUGUAACCAGAGCAGUAUCUGAAAGAUGCAUUCAUGGGGACAGUGAUUACAAAUAAGCCUUUGAUAUGGCAUUUCUUCAGCUGUAUGUGAGAGCAUCAUGGAAACACAGCUAUUAGCUAGUACUAUGAUAGCUGUUGGUCUCACAAUUGCUGCUGCUGGAUAUGCAGGUCGUUACGCACUGAAAGCAAUGAAGCAAAUGGAACCACAGCUAAAGCAAGCUCUUCAGUCUCUGCCAAAAGCAACCUUCAGUGGCUAUUACAGAGGAGGAUUCGAAUCCAAAAUGACCAAGCGAGAAGCUGCUUUAAUAUUAGGAGUGAGCCCUACAGCUAAUAAAGGAAAAAUCAGAGAAGCACACAGACGAAUCAUGCUUUUGAAUCAUCCUGACAAAGGUGGGUCUCCAUACAUUGCAGCCAAAAUCAAUGAAGCUAAAGACUUACUGGAAGGUCAAGCUAAGAAAUGAAAACACAUCAUGUGAUCAAUGACUUAAGGGUGUAUUUCUAAAAAGAAGAAAGUCAAGUCAACAAAAGAUGAUGUUAUGAUAUGUACCAGGAGGAAUUUCUUGUUCCAUUGUAGGUCAUAUCAAUAAUUUUCAAAACUGAAUCUUAACUAUACAACUUCCAGUAAAAGAGUAAAGAAGUGACGGGCCUUUCUUCAGGAUCAUGCUGCAGCUUUGAAGGCUCAGUCCCAGAAACAACUGCAGGACCAUUGAUGGCCUUUUCAGGAAGGCCAACUUCUUCGAUCACAUCUUUUGCCUUUCCAAAAACAAAACAAAAAAAGCAAUAUUUAGGGACAACACUACUUGCAAAUGAUUACAAUGAAUUGCUAUCCUCCCCACCUCCAAGUUUCAAGAAAAUCUAUAGAUGGUAUCAAUUUCCUAAAAACACACUUUUAACACCCCGUCAUCAAUUUUCUGCCUACAAAAGUCUGCUUGUAAAUACAUUCUGUAAAUGCUUAAAGCACUCCUUUUAAAAUCCAAUUGGAAUAAUUGGAUGAGGAAGCCAGUGAAUAACCAGUUAUGAAACCCAGACUUCCAUUCUUACUGUAUAUGAAAGUAUGUGAUCAGACCCCAUUGCAUACUUUUGCCAAAAUUCAGAGAUACGUAAAAUGCCUUUUUCACACAAGCCCCUUUAGAGGCAAUAGAAUAGCAAAACUAUCAACAGGAAUAGAAUUAGUAAUCUUCAUCAACAUAGAACUUGAUUUAGUAAUCUCUGGUUCUAGAAGUGAAACCCCUAACACAGAUCAACACAGGGACUUUGCAGGCACUACAAGAUACGCAUAUACGUUCAACACGAGAAUUUAUUGUGCCACCAUGGAUCUGAGCACCAGGCUAAUUGGCUUAUUGUCACAUUCCCUUGUAUUGGUGCAAAUAAACCCAAAUAAUACAUGGAAACUUA